AUGGAUAAUUCCCCAAAGGGGAACUUCAUUUUUUUUCAAAAGAAUAAAUGUAAUGACAAUCAACUGAGUCAUAAGUUUGAAGACAACAUGUAUGCCAAAGGAGAGGACAAGAAGAGUGGGAAGAGGGGACCCACAGAGAGAGGGGGGCCCACGGAGAGCAAAGGCGUAACACCUGGUCUGAAGGAUCAAGGGGUUAACAUGUACAUGAAUACUCCACCGGGUAUGCUAGAUAAGAACAUGAGCACGGGCAAAAAAUAUGACAGUGUGACUGGGGGCUUGGCGGCCUCCUCCCCCAUGGGUGAAAGAAGCCCCGACCAUGUGCAGAGCAUUUUUUCCGACCGGGGUGUAGACAUGAAGAAGAUGCCCGGGAUGGAGGAGAAGGCGGCCCCGGGCGGGAUGGGUAGUUACGCGGUGCGGAACUACAUGGUUAGCGGUUACGCAGUGGGCGGUCAUGCAGUGAGCGGUCAUGCAGUGAGCGGUCAUGCAGUGAGCGGUUACUCGGUGGGCAGCCACUCGGUGAGCGGCCUCCCAAUGAGCGGUCUUCCAAUGAGCGGCCUCCCGAUGAGCGGCCACGCGGAAAGCGCAAAGGAACCCCCGAAGAACACCCAGCAGUUUAAGCCCAAAUUUAACAAAAACAAAAAAAACCCAAACAAGGAGGAGAGCAACCUGAACACCAUGUCGAAGGACAUCAAAAUUAGAAAGAGCAACAUUUUAGAGUUGAACAAGCUACUUAAAGAAAAUUUAAGGAUUGAGGAAAACUUAAAGAAAAAAAAAAAGGGGAAAGGAAAUAAGGAAGAGGAAGAAGACGAUGAUGAUGAGGAGGAGUAUGACCAGGAUUACUACCAGAGGUGGGGGGACAACGCGAGUAGGGAGGCCCUCCGAGAUGGUGCGCGUGAUAAGUUAACACCAGGGGAGUAUUCCGAACAUGUACAGAAGGAUUUGGGGAGUCAAGAGGAAGGCUCUGGGGAAGUCAAGAGAGACAACGGAAAGGAGAAAAAGGAAAAGGCGAAGAGGAAGAACAAGGAAAAGAACAAAGACAAUAAAGCGAAAGGGAAAAAUGAGGAGCGGGAAAGGGAGAAGGAUAAGUCCAUUUCGAAAGGAAAAGCGAAGGACUUUGACUCCAACGAUCAAGAGGAGGGCGCCAAAAAGAAGGAGCAUCUGUCGAUUAGCAACCCGAAUAGCAACCCGAAUAGCAACCCGAAUAGCAACCCGAACAGCAGCUUGAACACCAGCAUGAACAGCAACGCGAAUAGCAACCCGAGUAGCACCCCAAGCAGCAGCAUGAAUGCCAUGUUGGGUAGCGCCUUGAAUAGCAUCCCAAGCGGCAUCCUCAACGUGGACAGCAAAAACAGCGGAAAGAAUAAAAAGGCGAAGAACAAGAAGGGGGAACCACACCAAGGCAAGAAAAACGAGUCGCCGCAAAAUCGAAAAAAUGAAGCGGGCCAAAACAGGAAAAACGAACCGGGGCAAAGUAAGAAGAACGACUCGCCGCAAAGUAAGAAGAACGACUCGCCGCAGAGUAAGAAGAACGACUCGCCGCAGAGUAAGAAGAACGACUCGCCGCAGAGUAAGAAGAACGACUCGCCGCAAAAUAAGAAGAAUGAUUCACCGCAAAACAAGAAGAAUGAUUCACCGCAAAACAAGAAGAACGAAAUGAUGCAGAAUAAAAAAAUGGAGGCUCCCCAAAGUAGGAAGAACGACCCGGGGCAAAACAAAAAAAUGGAGUCUCCCCAAAAUAAGAAGAUGGAGUCGCCGCAAAACAGGAAGAACGAAUCGGGGCAGAACAAAAAAAACGAUUCGCCACAAAACAGGAAAAAUGACUCUCCACAGAAUAGGAAAAACAAAAGGGAGGACUUCAUCCCAGGGGGGAAUGCAAGCUGCCUACUAGACCAAGGAGAUGGCAAAAUGAUGAAAAAUGAGCUACUCAUGGAAGGUAGUGUAAUUGGGAAAAAUAAAAAUUUGGACAACCCAAUGAAUUUUUCCGAGCACUACAGUUACUACUACAGCAAUAACAAAGGGGACAUCUCCAGCAUGGGCAGCUCCAGAAGGGGGGCAUUUAACAAAAUCCAUUUGGACCUCUACGGAGACAACAGUGGGGGCUACAUGAUGGACUCCAGUGACGGCAAAAGCUUCAGCUAUAAGAAGGAGCCUCGAAGUGAUGUGUUCAAGAUGGGCAACAACAACGCUGGUAGUGCGAGUGGCCACGGCAGCGACGCAGGUCCGGUUGGAGGUGGAGGCAAUAUUGGAAGCGUAGGCAACGUUGGAAGCGGAGGCAACGUUGGAAGCGGAGGCAACGUUGGAAGCGGAGGCAACGUUGGAAGCGGAGGCAAUGUAGGAAGCGUAGGCAAUCUCGGUAGCGGAGGCAAUAUUGGAAGUGGAGGCCCACUGGGGGGCCUGUCCCUGAGCGGCAAAUUCCACAUGAGUAAAAAUUUCUUCAAACCGCACGAACUGGGGGACUACCACUUCCAAGACGUAAGCAGCGCAUACGACAAGUAUAAGGGCUCCUUCGACCCGACCUCCCUGUCAGAAUUUUUUGACCACGAGACGGGCAAGAGGUACAUCCACAACAAAAGCUUGAGCAGCCACAGUGAGGUGAAAAAUGUCAAGGACAACAGCGUGGUGGGCAUAAAAGGCAGCAAUGUGAUGGGCCCCAAGCGAAGCAAUCAUUUGCACCUCAAUCUGAGCAGUAAGGAUAACCAGCUGGGCAUUACCAAAGGGGGCGAUGACAGAACGGCUAGCAGUAUCAUCCACCCGAGUGGCAGUCAUGUAGGGAAGAAAUACACGAGUGGAAAAGGUAUACAAAGCUUUAGUAGUAAGAUGAACUUCCCUAGUGAGGGAGUCGACCUGGGCAUGAGCUCCAAGAUGAAUAUUUUUAACAGCGCCGGUGAUGUAGGGGGGAGUGCCCUGGAUGGAAGCAACGCGGGGGGGAAUAAUAUGCCCGCUUAUCAUAUGGCUAGCCACCACCUGGGAAGCAACCAUCUCCCCAGCAAUGUUAGCAGCAGCAAUUUGGGGAGUAACCAUAUAGGAAGCAACCAUUUAGGGAGUAACCAUAUAGGAAGCAACCAUUUAGGGAGUAACCAUAUAGGAAGCAACCACCUGGGGAGCAACCACUUGGGGAGCAACCACUUGGGGAGCAACCACCUGGGGAGUAACCACCUCGGGAGCAGCCACCUCGGGAGCAGCCACCUCGGGAGCAGCAACAGCGUGGGCAACGUGCUGAAGGAGGAAGGGCACCUUCUAGGCGGCAGAGCCUACAACAACAUGCUAAGCAACAGCAGCAUGAACCCCAUGUUGAACGGGGAAAAUAAUAAUUUGCUCAGCAGCAGCUAUGCAAACGUUCCCGGUGUCCUAAAAAACAGCAACGGCAUGGUUGCCGGUGGGAGCAAGGUGUACAGCGGUGGGGCUGGGGAGGGCAACCUCAACGAGAGCAUGAAUAAUGUAGGGAGCCUAAACGGGACGACUUUCCAAACGGGCAAGACCAACUCUAGCGUAAAUAACAGAGUAAACAGCGGCAACAAUCAUGUGAAUGACCUGGUGAAUGGGCAAAAAUACAUGAGCAAUGUUUUGCUGUACGAGAGUGGAGGCGUUAUGUAUAAUGGGAAGGUCGGCAGUAUGAAUGGCUACGCAAGGCACAACAUGGGGCAUUUCCCCGGGCAGGGCCUAGACGGCUAUGCCAACCAGGGGGUGGACAACUACGCCGGCCAAAGCGUCGACAACUAUGCCAACCCUAACCUGGACAGCUACGGCAACCCUAACCUGGACAGCUACGGCAACCCCAAUAUGGACAGCUACGGCAACCCCAAUAUGGACAGCUACGGCAACCCCGUCAUGGACAGUUACGUGAACCCGCUCAUGGACAGCUACCAGAACGCACCCAUGGACGGAUACCAGAACGCACCCGUGGACGGCUACCAGAACGCACCCAUGGACGGCUACCAGAACGCACCCAUGGACAACUAUGACAGCCCGGGCGGGGACAACUACGCGGGCCCGACCGGCGACAACUACGCGAAUCAGAACGGGGAUAGCUACGCCACUCAGAACGUGGACGGCUACGCCACUCAGAACGUGGACGGCUACCCAAACCCGAAUGUAGAUAGCUACGCGAACCCCCACAUGGAGAGCUACGCCAGCCCCCACAUGGACAACUUCGCCAACCCGCUCAUGGACAGCUACAUGAGCCCCAACAUGGACAGCUAUGCCAACCAGGGGGUGGACAGCUACGCGGGUCAAGGCGUGGAGAAUUACCCAAACCAGGGCGUGGACAACUACGCUGGGCAGAACAUGGACUACGGUGGGCAAAAUAUGGACACCUACGGUGGGCAGAACAUGGGCAGUUUCGCCGCCCCCCCCCAUGGGGACAAUUUUGGCCAGCUGAAUGGAGACAGCUUCUCCCCCCCCAAUGGGGAGAGUUUCGCUGCGCCAAAUGGGGAGAACUUCGCUCCACCCAAUGGGGAGAACUUCCCCCCCCCCAAUGGGGAGACCUACCCCCAAGGGUACAUGAACAGCCUCCCGAUGAAUUACCUAAACGGAGGAAUGACAAAUGCACUGAGCAACAGCAGAGGCACGUCAUCCAUAAACACCAUCAGUCAGUACUCCAACGAUCUGAGCAACACAUCUGGGAACAUGCUAAACAGUCUGGUAGGGAAAAAGAACAACUUGCUGCUGAGUGGAAUGAACGGUACUACAGUGAGCAGCUCCAAGGGAAACCUCGGCGUGAAUUACCUAAACGAUACUUUUAAGAAGGCUUCCAAUUUGUUCUUAACCACUGCCAUGAGGGGGGCGAGAAACACCAGUGGGAAUAAAAUAGAAAGAAACAAAAAUAAAGAGUUGCUCGAAAGUAAAGGUGGCAAAUACGAAUUGGCAUCUCCCUCGAAGGGAGGCAACGGAAGUGGCAUGCUGCACGAUAGAGGGGGGGGCCUCAACUAUGUGCUGGAGGACCCGCCUCCAGGGAGAGCCAAAUACAUUCAUAAUGGCGAAAUGGCCGAACGGAACAACGAAAACGAUGCUGCAAGCGCAUUGACAACUGCCAUCGCAACGGCCAUCGCGACGUCCACCAGUGGGGCUGGGAGCAGCGUCCAACAUAUGAAAUGCCUAGAAAAAAGUGACACCAUUAAGAAGAAAGUAAAAACAGAAAAAAGAACCCACGUGAAGAACAUAAAAAUAAAUAUAAACAAAAUAAAUCUUUUUGAAAAUAAAAAGAGAAAAUAUUUGGCGGAAAUUAUCCGGUGCGAGUUAAUUUGGGGUCCCACGAAAAAUAAAGAACCCAUAACUCCAGUGGAAAGCUGUGAGUUACACCCGGUGGUCAUAAUAAAGGACCAGUAUGGACAUCUAUAUGAUGAUGAUGAAGAUAAUGAGAAUAACCCCAUAGGGAAAACUGUUAACAUUUUUUACAGAUGGAGUAGGGGACCCCCUAGAACCGUUUGCUUCUUCCACCCACAAAAAAUUGCUUGCCUACAAUGCACCGUCACGUUUAGAUGCUUCUGUUCCUAUGAGUGCUUCAUGAAAGGGUUCGACCACCUCCAUAAGUAUUACCGCAGCAAUGGACUUAUUAAUAUCCCAUCCCAUCCCAAUCUGCAUACCUAUGGAGUCCCCUGCUCACCAUUCGAUUGGGAUAAUUACGAAAAUAAUAUGGAGUUUGAUGAGAAGCACUACAAUUCGCUCAUACAGUCUGGGUUGCUCAACUCGCCCGAUAUGGAAAAGUGGGAAAUCAUUAACAACGAGAGGAACUACAUCCCGUGCUUGAAGGACGUGGGGCACCAAAUCAUGCUGGAGACUAUGCUGCUGGAUAAGAAUAGCCUAUCGUCGGAGAACGGCACGACCAGCUCGGACGAGUGCGAGGAGGGUAGCAGCGGGGGAGUGAGCGAGGUGGUCGAAGUGGGGGAGGUUCGCGGGGAUGGCGCGGAUGGCGGGGAUGGCGCGGAUGGCGCGGAUGGCGCGGAUGGCGGAGACGGCGAAGUGGGCACAGUAGGCACUGUCGGCACGGUCGGCCCUGUUGACGACCUGCUCAAGGGCAGCGACUGCAACCUGUCCUCCGCCGACGAGAACAACCCGGAGAAGAAGCAACCCCCCGCGGCGUACGCGCGGUACGCGGGAGUGCAGCCGAGCGAGUUGGACGCGAUGAAUGCAGACCAGGUGGCAAACUUCAACGGCAUGCAGUACGUUGGUGGCCAUAAGGAGGAGGACCCCUACACCGGGCAGUUCACCGACGGAGAUGGAAGCGGAAGCGGCGUCGCCAGUGGGGAGGCGGACGCGCCCGACCGGAACGACGCAGGCACCGCCAAGGGGGACUCCUCGACGGAGGCAAACGGGAAGCAGCCGCUGCGCAUUGGCGACCCGUUUAACGGGGGCAGCAAUGUGUGCAGCUCGCCAGCCGAGGGGGGAAAGGAAGCCAAAGAGGCGUGCAAAUCAGGGAGUGCCCCUAACCACAGCGCAAAUGAGGAGAGCGAAGGGAAUGAAAAGAGAAGGGACACCUUUGGCGUUACGUGUAUGGACAAUGGGGGAGAGAACGACUUGUUUGUACGUACCGAUGGAGCGAUCCGUGUGCAGAGUGCAGGCGAAUCAAGUGGGAUGGCCCCCCCGAGUGCCGACGCGAAGGAGGGGGGAACCGAGUUGAAGGCGAACAACGUGACGGCGCCCGCAAAUGGAGGCGCUGGAGAAAACGGAGAGGAUAAGCAAAUGAAUGAGGGUGACGGAGGGGGCGUGUCGAGCAGCCCUAGUAAAAGUGGAACGGCCGAAUUGAAGGGCACAGCCGCCCCGGAAGGGGAAAAGCAGCAAAUCGAGGCGGCGCAGCCGAUGCAUCCAACUGCGCAUACCUCGCAGAAGGCGCUCGAGCUGAAGAAGAAGAAGAAGCGGAAAAAGAAAAAAAUUUACAUCCUGGAUGAUCAAGUGUGGAACAACAUAAGGGACCCCAACAUAUACCACAAGAUAAUCACGGGGUGCUGCAUCCCCAAUGUGACCGUCUCCCCAAAUUAUAAUGUCACUUGUUUUAAGAACUCCACGGUGACGAACCCGCACAACCAGUUCACCAUCAUGACGUGGAACGUGCUGGCCGAAAUCUACGGCACGAUCGAGGCCUUCCCCCACUGCGACCCGUACAUGCUGGCCUGGUCCUAUCGCAAGACGAAGAUCAUUCAGGAGAUUUUGAACAACAGCCCGGACAUCGUCUGCCUGCAGGAAAUCCAGAACGAGCACUUCCUGGACUUCUUCAAACCGUCGCUGGGCGAGUUCGGCUACGAAGGCGUGUACAAGCAGAAGACGAAGGAGAUAUUCACCUCGCCCUCGGGCAAGAGGAGGGGCGGCAAGUACACCAUAGACGGGUGCGCAAUAUUUUACAACAAAAAAAAACUAAAGUUCGUGGAGACCUACGCCUUAGAGUUUAGCAAGCUGAUCAAGGAGGCCUCCGUGUUUACUCUGCCCAAGGAGAUACAGAAGAACCCAUCGUUGGUGAAGCGACUCCUAAAGGAUAACGUGGCCUUGGUCAUACUGCUCGAGUACAUCCAGCAGUAUUCAAAAAUGUAUGAAGGCAAGGACGACGACGAGGAGGAAGAAAAGCCAAAUAAAAACCUCCUCAUUGUUGCCAACACACAUAUUGUAGCAAAUCCAGAAGCCAAUUACGUAAAAAUUUGGCAGGCACAAAUAUUAGUUAAAGUGGUAGAGUAUUUGAAGAUAAAUUUUAUAAAAAAAUAUGAAACGGUUCCCAGUUUGAUUAUAUGUGGAGACUUUAAUAGUACCCCUUCUAGUGCCGUUUACCAGUUGAUAUAUAAGAAGACGUGUAGCAGGAGUCAUGAAGACUUCAGCUCGGAUAAGUACAGCCUACUGACGGAUUUGCCCCUUGGCCACAACUUAAAUUUGAAAUCCGCUUACGCCAUUUCGAAACUCCUUUCGCAGAAGCUUAACCCUGAGGAGUAUACCUCAAAUUUGGAGAUCUUCGAGCCGCUGUUUACAAACUACACGGGGAACUUCAUAGGGUGUCUAGACUACAUUUUUUACAACGACGAGAAUUUGAAUAUCAUUUCCACCGUCAACAUUGCGGAUGAGAAUCAGCUGAUGCAGGAGGCCCACAUCUACCAGCUGUCCAACUGCGCCCUCCCCAGCCCCAUUCGCCCCUCCGACCAUUUGCCCCUCAUCGCCAAGUUCGAGUUUAAGAUUUACUAA